GUGGAAAGUUGGCGGAGGCGCUCGAGUCGAGUCGAUGCUGGUGGUGGUAGCAGCGGCAGUGAGUUCGCUUCACUGACGACGUCGGGAGCAGCCGAGCUCGAGCGCGGAGGCCCAUGAGUGGCGCAGGCUGCAGCCCCGGCGGCCAGGAGCUCGACUUCACGCUCGUGUUCGGGGAGGAGGGGCAGCAGCGGCCGCUCGAGCCGCCGGGUGUUGAUCCUGAUGAAAAUGCUUCUUUUUACGUCUUCAAUGUGGAUGAAGCCCCGCCGAUGGGAAGCCAGUUUGUUGGGGUCACACGCCACGGCCUGCAUCCACACUCCAAGAUUGCUGGUCCACAUUUGCAGGCCCACAAAAUGUUUGAGCCUGGGUGCGAGGGGGCAAGCCCCGAGUACAGUCCAGCGGGGGCUGCCAAGGCCUUUGAGUGUCCCAGUAUCCAGAUCACCUCCAUCUCCUCCAGCUGCCAGCAGGACCUGGAGAGCGGAGAACAUCACCUGCAAGUCGGUGGUGCUGAUGGUGAAUGCCAGGAUCAGCCACUCUCUCGAGACCACCUAUACUUGCCUGUGGAGCCCUCGUACCGGGAUUCAUCGUUGAGCCCCAGCCCCUGCAGCAGUCUCUCGUCCCGUAGCUGGUUCUCAGACGCAUCUUCCUGCGAGUCCUUCUCCCACGUGUAUGAUGACGUGGACUCGGAGCUCAAUGAGGCGGCAGCCCGCUUUACCUUGGGUUCCCCGCUCAGCAGCCUGGCUGAAGACCCCUGGCAGCGCAUCCAUCCCGCUGUGAACCCUGCACCGCCGUCACCCCGUCACUCUCCCGGUCACUCCCCCUGCGUCAGUGUCGCGGACGAGAGCUGGCUGAGCCCGCGGCCCUCGUCCCGGCCUACCUCACCCUGCGGGAAGAGGCGUCACUCGAGUGCCGACCUCUGCUACCCAGGCUCUGCCUCCCCGCACCACUCCCCCAGUCCCACACCAGGCCAUUCCCCUCGAGGAAGUGUGAGCGAUGACACCUGGCUCAGCAGUCCUUCCCUGGGGGUCUUUCCUUUCCAGUGCUGCCCAUCUGAGGCUGACAUUCCCUCCAAGACCAGAAAAACAUCCCAGGACCACUCCUCCGUGGUGUUCAAGGGGGAUCCCGCACCCGAUGACUCUGGCGCCAUGUCACCCUCACUGGGCAUUCCCUUGGAGGAGGGGGGCACCCAUGUCCUGAAGAAGGAAGGUGCUGGGGAGCAGUUCCUUUCUGUGCCCUCACACUUCUCCUGGAGCAAACCCAAACCUGGACACACACCCAUUUUCCGGACAUCCUCCCUGCCCCCACUGGACUGGCCCCUUCCCAGCCAGUUUGGCCAGUAUGAGCUGAAAAUCGAGGUGCAACCCAAGGCCCAUCACAGAGCUCACUACGAGACUGAAGGGAGUCGAGGGGCAGUCAAGGCUGCUUCUGGGGGGCAUCCUGUGGUCAAGCUCAUAGGCUACAACGAGAAGCCUGUCAACUUGCAGAUGUUUAUUGGAACUGCCGACGAUCGCUACUUAAGACCCCACGCCUUCUACCAGGUGCACAGGAUCACUGGAAAAACAGUUGCAACUGCUAGUCAGGAAGUGAUGAUCACCGGCACGAAGCUCCUCGAAAUCCCUCUCCUUCCUGAAAACAAUAUGUGUGCCAGCAUCGACUGCGCAGGCAUCCUAAAGCUGCGCAACUCGGACAUUGAGCUGCGCAAGGGUGAGACCGACAUCGGGCGCAAGAACACGCGGGUCCGCUUGGUGUUCCGCGUGCACGUUCCUCAGCCGAGCUGCAAGGUCCUGUCUCUGCAGGCUGCCUCCAUCCCCGUGGAGUGCUCCCAGCGUUCGGCCCAGGAGCUGCCCCAGGUGGAGAAGUGCAGCCUGAGCAGCUGUUCUGUCGCUGGAGGCGAGGAGAUGCUCCUCACAGGUUCUAACUUCUUCCCCGAAUCCAAAGUCAUCUUCCUGGAGAAGGGCUCAGAAGGAAGACCUCACUGGGAAGCUGAAGCCAAGAUUCUGUGGGAGAAGAGUAAUAGUGGAAACAUUGUGCUGGAGGUGCCGCCCUACCACACUCAGUCGCUCAGCUCGGCCGUCAACGUGCACUUCUACGUUUGUAACGGGAAACGGAAACGGAGCCAGUGCCAGCGCUUCACUUACCUGUCAGUUCUGGUGAAGAAGGAGCAGAGGGAUGAGGCCGAGCUGACCGGUCCACCCCCCCAUGCCCUAACCAGGCCCCGCCUGCCAUCCGCCGACCACGAAGGUGUGUUGUCAAGUUCUCCGCAAGACAUCGUUCCAGGGCUCCCUGCGCCGCAACUAGGCUAUCCUCCGCUGGGCCCUUCCUCCUUCGGGACCCUCCAUCCGCUCCACGCCCAUAGGGUGGGUGGUGAAUGCCAUCCAGGAGCCCCACCCAUGGGGUGUCACUCUACCCCACUUCCAGUCCAUCCUGCUUAUGAAGCCAUGGAGUGCACUCUUAGGUACAAUGGGCAGCCCGGCCUUCCUCUAAAUACUGCCUCACAGCAGGCCUACGAAUCGAUGGCCUCCUUCCAGCCUGAUCCAGCCACCUCCCACUCCCCAGGACUGGCUCUUAUGUACCAUACCUGCGCUGUCCUUCCCUCCAGCAGGGGCCUCCCCCUGGGCCAUGCCUCGCAGCACUUGCAGUCGUUGGGCUACCCUUGCACUGGCGUGGGACUCAUCCCUGCCCCAGCACACCCACCCAGCCAGCCUUUGGCUCAGCUCCAGCACCCCUUGAGCUACCAGAGCUCUUCAUCGUGUCCUUCUCCUGCCUCUGGGCCGCCCUCCAUGCUGCCUUCACCCCACUCAGACCCGUCGUCCCCUGAAGCGCACCAGCUGCCGUACCAGUCCCCCAGUGGCGGGGUAGUGUCCUCACCCUCUCCCACACCCGGCAGCCCCAUGGUGCACCUUGCGCCCUCGGGGCAGCUGUCCCCCCGAACAGCCAGCACUCUGCGACACCCCCUGGCCUCCCACUCUCCCUUACAACCUGGUGAAGAGGACAUGAGCAUCAAACAGGAGCCAGAGGACAAAGAGCUCACGUUCCGUUCAAUUGGGCUGCAGGACAUCACACUCGAUGACGUGAACGAGAUCAUCGGUCGAGACAUGUCGCAGUCCCCGGGAUCGCAGGGGCUCACAGCAGCGCACGGCCAGGCCUAGUGUCACGUCCCUCUGCUCACCCAUCAGCCCCCAUCACAAGGACUGCAGGGCAGCGGGGCUCUGGUCUCGUACACGCAAUCCAACCAUCACACCGGUGUCCGAAAGCAUCCAAGUGGCGAGGGGGAGUAGAAGGCCUCCUGCAUGCUUGCGUGCGUGCGUGUUUGUGUGUGGGGCGACCUCUUCCACAUGCCUGGUGGUUAGACUCUCUGUCCUAGUCAUAUGCAACAUUCCUCAGUGCAGCGUUGUUAAGACCACCACGCAGGUGGCUGCACAUGUCCACCGACACGGAUGCCUUAGGAUCAGUGUGUAGCUUUUCGUAGAAACGUGAUCUUUAUAUUUAAUUCUGCAAAAAAAAAAAAGAAAAAAGAAAAAAAAAAAGUUGACCUUCUGAACUGUUGCAGCAGAGGAGUUGCUUAGGUGGCGUUUAAAAAUGUGUGGCGUCGCUGCCUACUGGUGUGUGAAGUUCCCUUCGGUACAAGUGUGUCUGGCGAGUGGCUCAUGGGCAGCGGAACAUGUAUAAUAAUUAUUGCUGCAGUAUUGUUCUGCCUUGCUAGGAACUCCACCCAGUGCCUUUUCCGUGAAGACGAGGCAGGUGGCAAAGCAGUUAGAGUUGCUCUCUUGGGACCCAAAAGGUUGCGGGUUCGAAUCCCACCUUCAGCUGUAGUACCCUUG